AUGGGUUCUCUUGCGAAACAAAAUAUGGUCCAAAAUGUAUUUUUAUUUGGGCCGCAAGCGCUAUCGCUAGACGGCGAUGAUAUCAAAACCCUGCGAGAGACACUUCAUUCAACGCCAAGCAAUCGAUGGGCUCUCGACUGCCUAUCUGAGCUGCCCGACUUGUGGGAUGUUGUUGCCAAAAAUGUCUCUCAACUGGAAAGUUUCGAUGGCAAGCCAUUGUUGAAGAAGUUUGUUGACGAAUUCAAUGCUGGAAGCACAUCCCCGUCCACAUUCCCGCUGCCAAACAUAUUAACCACCCCGCUCGUCGUCAUAAUGCAUUUGACACAGUACUCAAAAGCAUUGCGAGAUACUUGGCCUAGACUGAAAGACGACGAUCCGCUGCCAGCCGACUUCAUGCAGGAAUCAGUUGCAGCUGGUCUAUGUACCGGUAUGCUCGGGGCCAUGGCCGCGAGCCAUUCCGGCACCCUACAGAGCUUGGCCACGAACAGUGGCAAAGCGGUGAGGCAAGCCAUGGCUAUUGGAGCAAUGGUCGAUGCCGAAAUGGCAUCAGACGGUUCAGAUGGACGUGCAGUAUCUUUCUCAGUAUCAUGGGGAGCCGGCCGUACCCUGGAUAGCGUCAAAAAGUUGAUCCAACCGUUUCCCAACACCUACAUAUCUGUCAUCAUGGAUGAACGGAGAGCAACAAUCACUGUUUCUGAGAAGUUGGCAGUCGCCUUUGCUCAAACGCUGAAGGCGGCUGGCGUUUACGUCGUGCGACUGGAACUGGCAGGACGUUUCCACUGGCCGGGCCAUGCAGAAAAUGCAAAGCAACUGGCACAGCUAUUUGCGUCCAACGAAAAAUUCCAUCUGUCAAGUCCACGCCACAUGAUGUUCCACAGCGACAUGAGCAGUUUGAGUCGAGACUCCCUUGUGGAAGUGACAGUUCUUAGGGGAAUCCUCCUCGAACAGUCUGACUGGUUUUCGUCAUUCAGUCAGCUAGUUGACCCAUCCAUUCUUGAUGCGAGCCAGGGCAGGAUCAUCAACAUAGGGCCCGAGCGCUGCGUGCCACCAACUCUUGCCAGCAUGCUGAAUUCUCGGGUAACCCGAAUUGGCGAAACGAGUCUGGCAAAGCCAGGCAUCGCACCGCAUAUCAUCCACGGCGAUGAGCAGAUUGCAGUCGUCGGAAUGUCCUGUCAUGUGCCUGGAGCAGAAGAUCUGGACGAAUUCUGGAAUAUUCUGGUCAGUGGCCAAUCCCAACACAGGGAAGUUCCUCCAGAGAGAUUCCCCAUGGAUAUGAAUUGGAGAAAGCUGCAAGAACAAGGAGCCGGUAGUCGCAAGUGGUUCGGCAACUUUAUUGACGACUUUGACAAGUUCGACCACAAGUUUUUCAAGAAGAGCCCCCGUGAGUCGGCGUCCAUGGACCCCCAGCAGCGCCUGUGUCUCAAGCUGGCAUACCAGGCAAUGGAGCAGGCUGGAUAUUUCACGUUGUCCUCAUCCACCGAAGAUAAACACAUUGGCUGCUACAUUGGUGUGGGCAACGUUGACUACUUCGAUAAUAUUGCCUGCCACCCUGCCAACGCCUAUACAGCAACAGGUAACCUCCGCAGCUUCGUCGCAGGCAAGGUCAGCCAUUGGUUUGGGUGGACCGGUCCCAGUUUGACAGUUGACACCGCCUGCUCAUCGUCCAGCGUGGCCAUCCAUCAAGCGUGUCUGGCCAUUCUACAUGGAGAGUGCAGCAGCGCUCUCGCUGGUGGUGUCAAUAUAUUCACCAGCCCGAACUGGUUCCACAACCUUGCCGGGGCGUCAUUUCUAAGUCCAACUGGGCAAUGCAAGCCAUUUGAUGCCAACGCAGAUGGUUAUUGCAGAGGAGAAGGCGGUUGUGCAGUCUAUCUCAAGAAGCUAUCCUCGGCACUCGCCGAUGGCGACCAAAUUUUUGGUGUCAUUGCAGCUACCAAGGUGUACCAGAACCAGAACUGCACAGCCAUUACAGUUCCCAACUCGCCAUCACUGUCUGAGCUAUUCUCCGAUGUGGUAAAGCAGGCCAGGCUCGAACCACAAAAUGUGUCUGUAGUUGAGGCUCAUGGAACAGGAACACCUGUCGGAGACCCUGCCGAGUACGAUGCAGUCCGUACGGUUUUCGGAGGCCACAGCCGAGGCAACGCGAAUUUGUCUCUGAUGUCUGUGAAAGGUCUUGUCGGACAUGCAGAAUUUGCCUCUGGAAUCAUUUCAUUGGUCAAAAUUCUACUCAUGAUUCACCACAGGACCAUCCCUCCCCAGCCCAGUUUUGUAACCUGCAGCCCGGGAUUGAAAGCGACAUCUGCGGAUAAAAUUGAAAUUACAACGCGAGUGAAGCCAUGGGAUGCGAACUUCCUUGCUGCCCUCAUCAACAAUUAUGGUGCUUCUGGAUCCAACGCAUCCAUGAUUGUUACUGAAUCGGCCACUCUGCGCCGCAUCCCGUCGAGCGCGGAAUCCGCUUCGAUCGAAGGCCAAAUCUAUCCAUUUCGCUUGCACGCUUUCGAUCCGAAAAGCCUCAAAGCGUAUAUACGCAAGCUUAAAAUGCUCCUGGAACCCCAGGCCGCAGCGGACACGGUCGACAAAAGCGUUUUAUCAGUGUCCAACCUCUCCUUCCAAUUGUUCCGUCAAUCGAACCCGACAUUGCCCUGGGGCGCCAUAUUCACUGCUUCCUCAUUGACAGACCUAUGCACAAAACUGUCUGCUUUGGAGAAUGAUAGCGGUUCAGUUGUAGCAGAGCAGUACUCUCAAACAACGCGGCCAGUUGUUCUCUGCUUUGGUGGCCAGGUGUCCACCUUCGUUGGAUUGGACAGGGCAGUCUUCGACAGCGCUACCAUUCUGCAGGCGCAUUUGGACAAGUGUGAUUCGGCGUGUCUCUCGCUCGGGCUGGGCAGCAUAUACCCCGACAUCUUCCUGAAAACACCUAUUCAAGAUACUUGCAGACUCCAACUGGCCUUGUUUGCGAUGCAGUACUCUUGCGCUAGAAGCUGGAUCGACUGUGGAGUGAAUGUCGCCGCUGUAGUGGGCCAUAGCUUUGGCGAGCUUACGGCCCAGUGCAUCGCUGGAGCCUAUUCGUUGGAGGAUGCUCUCAAGAUUGUGUCGCGUCGGGCUCGCAUCAUUCGUGACUCUUGGGGCCCAGAGAGAGGUGCCAUGCUGGCGGUCGAGGCGGACUCUACCACAGUAGAGGCUCUUAUCGCAAAAGCUAUCGAAGCCUCCAGUGGCGAAUCGGACGUUGGAGUUGCCUGCCAUAAUGGGCCAAAAAGCUUCACCCUGGCUGGUUCUGCCAGAUGGGUUGAGCACUUCCAGAGUCUGGCCGCCGAAGCCACAUCACCGCCCAAGAUGAAGCGGCUGAACGUGACAAAUGCUUUUCACUCGAAACUUGUGGAACCGUUAAUGAAGGAGCUACAAGAUGUGGCUGCUGAUGUUGAAUUCCACACACCUACUAUAAGGGUGGAACGGGCAACAAGGACCUCGUCGUCGUCGUCCGACAAGCUGCAGUCGGAUUUCGUCGCACAGCAUCUACGACAUCCAGUUUACUUUCACGAUGCCGUUCAGAGAAUUCAUAAGGACUGUGCGGACGCUGUAUGGCUUGAGGCAGGAUCGAAUUCAAGCAUUGCGAACAUGGCCAGUCGCUCACUUGCAAGCCCAGCAUCGAAUCAUUUCCAAGCCAUCAACAUCACGAGCAAUACCUCGUUCACGUUCCUUGUCAACAACACCAUUGACCUUUGGAAGCAGGGUCUCAAUGUGACUUUCUGGAUGCAUCACGCCAGUCAAGCACAACACUACUCCCCGCUCAUUCUGCCUCCGUACCAAUUUGAGAAAGCAACACACUGGAUGGAGCUCAAAGACAUGCCGCUCAGCUCGCCACCUGCCGCCGCCGAGCAGCAGUCGGCGUCGCAGCCAGAAGAACCAAAAACCCUAACAAGUUUCGUUGCCUACCAAGGAGAUAAUAAGCAGAAUGCUCGAUUCCGCGUCAACGUCGGCACCUCCCAAUUUCAAGUUCCUGCCAAUGCAACCAAAAUUGCCCAGAAGGUGGCAGCAGUCCCGGCCAUGCUUCAUGUCGAGAUUGCAUUGCAUGCUAUUUACAAUCUGAAUCCUGAGUUUGACAGUACCGAGUACCAGCCGCUUAUUCGAAAUACUCAUCUUUAUAAUAUCCUAUGCGCCGAUGUCAGUGGCGAGCUCCUUGUUGACGUGGCGUGGUCUGGAAUGCCAGACCGCAGCUAUACGUGGAAAAUCAGCUCAGUGGACAACAGUGGAGCACCAUUUACAGUCUAUAGCACCGGUGUCAUAUCAUUUACCUCAUCGACGGAUCCCUAUGUAAAAGAGAAUUAUGAUCACUUGACUCGUCUGAGCGGCAGGGCUAGGUGCGAGAGGCUCCUGAUGGGGACCGAUGAGAAUGUCGAUGUGCUUCAAGGCCGAAGCAUAUACCGAUCAAUGCAACAGCUGAUUGAAUACAAAGAAGCAGCUGGCAAAGUCACAAAGGUCUCUAGCAAUGGCAGCGAAGCAGCCGGUCGUGUCAAAGCACAUCAACUCGGUGGACAACACGGCAAGGGUGGCUACGUCAACACGAUACGCACCGAAACCUUUUGCCAGGUGGCGAGUAUCUUCCUCAACCUGAUGAUUGAGGAUGAAGAUUCUUCCUCGGAGAGAGACAACAAGGGCACUAUCUUUAUUUGCCGGGGCUUUUCUCAGUGGCUACGCAGUGGCAGCUGGUCGGGUAACAACAUCGACUCGAGAGAGUGGAAUGUCUUUGUUGCCUGUCACCGAACGUCCGAGUCAGGAUACAUUGCCGACAUCUUUGUUUUUGAUGGUCAGGAUGGGCAUUUGGCGGAGGUCAUGCUGGGUGUUUCCUAUGAACGACAAGCGAUGGAUGACAUCGUUAGUGGACAACUGGUUGCUGAACCCUCGCGCGCAGAGACGAGGAGCUCCUCAUCAACAGACGGACCUACGCCGCCGGACACACCCACUAAUAAUUUCACCAAACGCAUUUCACAGAACGGUUCAUCUUCUGUUUCGGAGGGCUCUGAACCAGCACCCACAUCGGCGCCUCCAGCAAAUGCUGCAGUUGACGCGGAGGUCUAUGACAAAACCGUCGAGCUGGUGUGCAAUCUGUCAGGAUUGGAGCCAGAAGACAUCAAGAAAGACUCGGACUUGGCAGAGCUUGGUAUCGAUUCCCUCAUGGCUAUGGAAGUAGUUCGCGAAGUCGACGCGGCAUUCCAUGUGGUCUUGACUAAUGAUGCGUUGAUGGAGCUGACAGACUUCAAGAGUCUGGUGGCUUGUAUCAGAUCCGCACUGGGUAUGAGCAAUGACACUGCGCCUGCAGACGAACCUGCCGCAUCAUCGACUUCCAAGGGCAUUCCCGACCGGCAAGUCAAUGGCACUUCAGCUAUGGAACCCGCCAGCACUGUGAAUGGUGACGCCGGCAGUGCCGUGGACGGCUAUAACAUCAUCGCGAAUGGCGCUCCUGCGACGCUAUCGGCAUCAAUCAUCUUGGAGGUCUUCAACGAGCUGGCAUGGGAGACUGAUAACCUUCUUGAAGAGCACAAUCUGGCUGGAUACAAUAAACACAUCACCCCACGAACAAGCGAGCUGUGUGUUGCCUACAUUCUCGAUGCGUUUGAACAGCUCGGCUGUUCCAUCCGCUCUGCAAAAGCAGGCGAUCAAUUACCGCGUGUCUCUUAUCUUGCUAAGCACGAGAAACUUAUGGAGCUCAUGUAUCAGCUACUGGAGGUCGACGCCCGUCUCAUCGACAUCCAAGGCCCAACCAUUACACGCACAGCAGUCGCGCCGCCACUCAAAUCGGCGGAUACUCUACUCGCCAAAUUGCUAGAGGAAGAACCGACGCAUAUGUACGAUGUUAAACUUGCAGCUCUUGUCGGCACCAGAUUUGCCGACUUGAUAACUGGAAAGGAAGACGGUGUCCAACUCAUAUUCGGGCGACAAGAGUCGCGCGACGUGGCCUCUGACUUUUACGCCAAGUCUCCUUUUACAGGUGUAUGGAUUCACCAACUUUUACUGUUUAUGGAGAAACUUGUCUCCAGGAUUCCCAAGACCGGCGAGACGAUUAACAUCCUUGAGAUUGGCGCUGGCACCGGUGGAACUACUUCGCAGCUUGUGCCUUUGCUGGCCACGCUCGGCGUGCCAAUCCGAUACACCAUGUCCGAUAUAUCGAGCUCCUUGGUCGCCGCCGCCCGCAAGCGAUUUAAGAAGUACCCAUUUGUUGAGUUCAAGGUGGUUGAUGUUGAGUCUGCACCCGAUGCCGCCCUUGUGCAAAGUCAACACAUUAUCCUGGCCACAAACUGCAUUCAUGCUACACGCAACUUGUCUGUGUCACUGAGCAACAUCCAUCGUAUGUUGCGAGCCGAUGGCUUUUUGAUGCUUCUGGAGAUGACACAUCAGGUUCCCUGGAUUGACUUUGUCUUUGGUGUGCUUGAAGGCUGGUGGCUGUUUGAGGACGAGCGUGAUUAUGUGCUCGCCUCGGUGAGCCAUUGGGAGAAGACGUUGAGAUCCGUCGGAUUUGGUCACGUCGAUUGGACUAGGGGAGACUAUCCCGAAGCCGAUCUGCAGCGGCUUAUCAUCGCAUUUCCCUCCAAGGACAGCUAUCCACAGGCACCGCGGCCGUCCGGCUAUCUUUCGCGCGUUUUUAGGCCGUCUCUGCCCACCAACAACGCCGAGAGACAAAAGAUCAAUGAUAACUACGUCGAGAAAUACUCCAAAGAUUUCGAGCUGCCAGAAUCAAUCUUCUCAAGAUCGAAGACCACGUCGAUGGCUUCCUCGCGCUGUGUUCUCGUUACUGGCGCAACAGGCAGUCUCGGCUCUCACAUCGUGGCCGCCCUUGCGCAGCGCAGCGAUGUGAAAACGGUCAUCUGUAUUAACAGACUGAGCAACACUGAGGCCAACGUCCGCCAAAAAUCUUCAUUUUCCAUGCGUGGAAUUGAGCUCGACGCCGCGUCUAUGGCAAAGUUGGAAGUGAUUGAAACCGACACAAGCAAGGCUUCCAUAGGAUUGUCUGCCGACAAGUACCAGUCUUUACUCGGCAGAGUCACCCAUAUUGUCCACAGUGCGUGGCCCAUGAGUCUGACACGCCCUAUCCGCAUGUAUGAGAUCCAAAUGAACAUUCUACGAAAUCUCAUAUCCCUCGCAGCGGACAUUGCUCAGGAGCAGCCAGCUCCGCGUCGGGUUCCUAUUCGUGUCAUCCAUUGCCGUGGAACUCCCUUGGUGCCUGAGCAGCCGACGACUGUCGAGUCGGUCCCUCUCACUGGCUAUGCAGAGGCGAAGCUAGUCUGCGAAACCGUCCUGUCCAAGACACUACGCCGCUAUCCUGAUCGCUUCCAGGCCAAGGCGGUGCGGGUUGCGCAAAUCUCCGGAUCCACCACCAACGGCUACUGGAAUAACUCUGAAUACAUGCCUUUCCUCAUCAAAACAUCCCAGUCUCUUGGCCUACUCCCAUACCUCGAGGGCACCCUCUCGUGGUACCCUGUCGAUGGCGUCGCAGCUACCCUGGGCGACUUGCUCUUGUCUGAGACGGCCGACGACUGGAUCUACCACAUUGACAAUCCAUCGCGCCAGGGCUGGCAGGAAAUGAUUGCCUCGUUCGCCAGCGCACUCGGCCUUGGGAAGGAAAGCAUCAUCCCAUUCGACCAGUGGAUUGAUCGCGUCAGACGACUCCGCGGGUCCACGGUUGAUAACCCGGCACUGCAGCUGAUUGAUUUUUUCGAAAACUACUUCAUUCCAAUGUCGUGCGGAGAGCUCAUCUUGGAUACUACCAAGGCAAACCAGCACUCUGAGACGCUUCGUAACCAAGGGCCAAUCACUGACGAGGUCAUUGGCAAAUACAUCAAGGCAUUGCGAACAUCGGGCUUCUUGAAUUAG